AUGCAGAGUUUUGUUCAGACAGGUAACCUGCCCAUUACAGAUCAUAUUGCGGAUGAAAUAAGUUGUUUGGCAAGUGCAGUAGAAGAAGGGAAGAACCGAUCAAACACUUUGGCGAUGGGUGACGUGCAUGCUUACGGAAAGACCGAUGUAGACACGAGCUGUUCAAAUAGGUGUGCGUCUAGUGCGAAGGACCCGGUGUGUGGCAGUGACGGAAAAACCUACGAAAACCUCUGUACCCUUAGAUUCAAAAACUGCCACAACAGUGUCGAGAACCAGAUCACCGUGAAGUACAGGUCCAGGUGUAUGACUAGCGAGGACUGCAUAAAGCCAUGUGACGAGUGGGGCACGCCAGUAUGUGGCACCGACGGUAAGACAUACGCCAGUGAGUGCGUUCUAGAGAACUCGAACUGCUACAGGAUACACCAGACUCCUGUACAGGUGGAGUACCUGGGUAAAUGCAAGUGUGACUUAGCUUGCACCAAGGAACAGGAGCCAGUCUGUGCUUCUGAUGGGGGCACGUACACCAACAUCUGCGAGAUGGAAGUCGUUAGUUGUCUGAAACCUGACCUAAACAUCCGCCUCAAUCACACAGGACGUUGCAAGAACAAUUGCCAAAAUAUGGAAUGCGAGACGCUUCGGAUUCAAGUGUGCGGAAGCGACGGCAAGACAUACGCUAACAGCUGCGCUCUGAAGAUGUCAAACUGCGGCAAGAUAGCAGCUACCCAGGUCUCUUUCGUAAGAAAUGGAGCGUGCGAGUGAAUAUAAAGAAUUUAAAUCAGUCAUUAAAGGCAUUGUUGAUGAA